UUCCCGCUGCACAACGACAAGAUGGCGGCCGCCGCCGGAUCAGGCGUGAAAGUUCCCCGUAACUUCCGGCUGCUGGAGGAGCUGGAAGAAGGACUGAAGGGCGUGGGAGACGGAACGGUGAGCUGGGGGCUGGAGGACGAUGAGGACAUGACACUCACGCGCUGGAGGGGCAUGAUCAUUGGGCCCCCAAGGACAAUCUAUGAGAACAGGAUGUACAGUCUGAAGGUGGAAUGUGGACCGAGAUACCCAGAGACACCCCCGUUUGUCAGAUUUGUGACCAAGAUCAACUUGAAUGGCGUGCACAACUCCAAUGGCGUGGUGGAUACCCGGGCGGUGUCGGCCCUGGCCAAGUGGCAGAACUCCUACAGCAUCAGGGUAGUCCUGCAGGAGCUGCGGCGUCUCAUGAUGUGCAAGGAGAACAUGAAGCUGCCCCAGCCCCCCGAGGGACAGAUCUACAGCAACUGAUCUCCUGCUGCUGCUCCUCCUCCUUCUCCUCCUCUUCAUUUGAGUGCAUCCUCCCUUCACUCCGCUCCAAACGCCUUCCUCCCACUCACACGCACACACACACACUCACACACACACACACGCAGGCAUGCACACACACGCGUGCGUGCACGCGCACACACACACCAAACGCACACGCACACGCACACAGGCAGCAGUCUCCUCCUCAGAGUGUAUUCGAGACUCUCCGAAAACCCUUUUCCCGCCCCCCCUGUACUCCCCUCCUCCCUCCCCCACCUCCGGCUGAAACCCCCUGACUGCUGCUUCUCCCCGGAUGGACAGAAAGACAGAUGAAUGGAAGGACUCUGCAGCACAGACCUGACCAUUACAAUACUGUACAUCUUACUAAUCUUUUUUUAUUAUUAUUUGUUAUAAAUGCAGACUGUAAAAUAACAUAAAUAAUCUUAUUGAGUGUACCGACCGCUGUGUCUCCUGCGUUCUUCAGCCGAGGGUAACAGAUCUCUAGCUGUAAAGGCGAUGUGUCAGAAGAAGCCCAACUCGCUUUGUCUGUGAAGGAGUCAGUUAUAUAUGAAUCUAAUGUGGAUAAAGUCAUUCUGCAGUUUGUUCUCCUUAAAUCUGAUCCAUUUCUUUUUUUUGUUUCGUAAAUUGCAUGCAGAUGACAAGAACUGUGUAGCUGCCACACAUCCAGGUCAGAUGGAAUUAUUUAACUUGUUUACGGUACAUUUGAUGGGGCUACUCAUGGUCUACAGUAAUUAGGCAGUUUCAUCCUUUUCCAUACAUGCUCUGUCCUGUGUGCCAUAUGGUCUUAUGCUCUUUGUGUGAUAACAUCAGAAAUAAUUAUAGUAAAAGCCUAAUUUGUUUUUCUUUCAACCAACCAGGUUAAUGAAUCACCUGUGUGCUGUGGACCCCUCCAGGUUCACCUGUCUGCUUUGGCCUCUUUGUACUCCACAGUGGCAGGCAUUGCAGUACAGGAAGUAAUUCAAGAGGUCAAGAAAGUUACUGUUGACUUUAUGCUUUAAUGACGGUCAGUCUGUCCUGAAAGGGUCAUUGAUCCGAAACUGCCCUCUCCCACCAUUAGGUGGAGCAGAGGUUGUGAUCAACCCUUAUGUGUUUGUGUGUCUGAACAAAACUGAACGCUGUGGGCCGAUGAACUUUGUGAAAUGGUUCACCUUGUGAAAAGGAAGAUGUUAGAGUUUAGGCCUGCGGUGACCAGUGCCCUAGUAGGUAUGCACUCUACUGUAUGCCACUCUAGUUCUGCUGUCUUUGUUCAUUUUUUUUCUCCAGAAUCCCAUCAGAACUGAUUCUUUAGAAUGUAUUUCUACACCCAAAAUUGAAAGUGGAGUCCAUAUGCAGGUUGAAAAUAAGGCCGCUGCCCAGAAUAUCAGUUUUGCUGUAAAAAUAAGUUGAUAAAAAUGAGAUAAUGGUUUUUCUCGCCUUCAUUCAGGCAACUGCAGACUAAAAGUCCUGACACACUACAGCGGUGUGAUUGUGUGUCUUUCGUAUUGGAUCCAAUAUCCAACAUUAUUUAUUUAUGAAAUUAUGAAAUCAUUCUGCCAUUUUUGUUCUCCUCUGUGUUCUGUGUGUAGGGGGGCAGGCGCGAAAGGUGCAAGGCGCCCCACUGUCAUUGUUCAGAUUUAUUUUUUCUUCUUCCACUUUUAAAAAUAAGGUAUGAAACUACAUUGAAAAGUCACAGAGGCUGACAUUUUCAUAUCGGGUGAAGGCCCAAUAUGUUGCCAUAGGUCAUAACACUGUGGGUGUCAGCAAAAUGUGGUCAUCAGAAAACAAUUUUCAGGAAAUAAACCAUAAGGUGUUGAGCCCUGGAACUUUGCAUGUGUGCCUCUAGCCAUAACUUAGUUUCCCAUCUACAUUAGCUGGUUCCACUGUAUGUUUUUUGUGCCAUUUUGAAAAAAAAUUACUGUGUUAGCCAAAAUGUCUCAAACACCUUUAUUUGCACAAAAUUUGGCAUACGUACAUAUUUUUUCUCCUACCCCAGUCCAAAACUGGGCUGCUUUAAGCAGUUCUGGCAGUGGCGGGAUUUAUUUUGUCUGGUAUAUGGUGAGGGUUUGCACUUGUGUGUCAGCCAUGUGUGGUCGUAUGUUUGAUGGAGUGCAAACUCUGCCCACCAAGAGAAGGUUGGCAUGCAAAAAUGGCACACCCAAUGAUGGAUGCAAAAUGCAGACCAUAUGCCAUUUAAGUGAACCUUUCCUCCUUCACGUGUGACCUCUGGAAGUUCUGUGAAAUGAACAGCAAAGGCAUGUUUGAGCAUCAUCAAAAGGCUCAAAAUGAGCCAGUGCAUUCAAAAUGUUCAUGAUUUUGAUUUUUGUAUGUUACUGAAGUUGCCAUGUGGAUUGCAUACCCCUGGAUAAUGUGGUUUUGGUUAAGUGAUUUAAUAAAUGUAGGAAACAA